CCGGUUGUUCUAAUACUCGUUCGCUUGUGUUCGACUUCGAGCCGGACCGCCGCCAAGAACGUGUCCUUCUGUCCCGUUUCUUUUCAUCCAUUCCCAUGACAUCCUUCCUAAUUGGCGCACAUACCAACCGCAGUAUACCAACAGAAUGGAAGGACGAUGCGGAUCGUGAUUGCCCAUUCUGCCGUAUCAUCGCAGGCGAAAUGCCCUCGACGCGUCUGUAUGAGGAUGAUAAGGUCAUCGCUAUUCUAGAUAUCUUGCCUUUAAGACGUGGGCACACUCUCGUUAUACCCAAAGCCCAUUAUUCGCGGGUGUCAGAAUUACCCUCAGAAUAUGCCAGUGCAGUGGGGCAGGCUGUGACGAAAGUGGCACAUGGACUGACGAAAGCACUGGGUAAUACUGCGCUCAAUGUGGUGUGCAAUCAGGAAUAUGCGCAAGCAGUGCCACACGUUCACUACCAUAUUAUUCCUGCCCCGUCAUUUGACUCGAGCGCAAGAGCGGAACCAUCGGAGAAAGCGAAGGAGAAUGGCAGAGUUUUAAGUCAGCGGGAGAUGCACCAGCGAGAAUUCGAGUCGAGGGAUGAGCUCGAUGAGGAUGAAGGGAAGGCUUUGGCUGUGAGGAUACGAGCCAGUCUAUGACGCUCAUUGUACCGCUGAUAUCAUCCCCCCAGACUCUACUGCUAUCAUGUAGACGACUUCUGAUCUCGAAAGCUUUCCAGUUGCAAUGUCACAGCGCUAACGAAACAAUGCUGGACAACCCUUAUUUAGUCAGUCUCAUGAGACAUAGCCGCAUCAACUCGGUCCUGCACAAAGUGGCCUAUCGGAUGCGCACUACACCACAAGCGCUGUGGCUCUGCUGCACUUUUCAGGGCGGUGCUAUGCGCUUUCGCUGACUUGAGGCCACCAUUCUAGCUGCGAGCACGAAUUAUAAAUUAUAAAGAAAUCCAGAAAUGAAGAACAAGCCCCUGGUGUCUCGGAAUCCGAAG